AUGAAAGAUGAUAUUUGGAGUAAAGAGUCAAUAGAAGACUCAAUAAGCCGUUGUUUAAAGACAGGGUUAGUAUUUCUUGUCUAUAUUCAAGACGGUGAAGAUACAAAAUGGAUUGACCAACUUUUAAGUCCAGAAGUAUGUAAAGAAAUGCGUAAAAAAACAAUUUCUUUGAAGCUGCAUAAUGGUACAAGUGAUGCUAUAUUGUUUAAGCAGAUGGUUGUUGUCAAUUGUGUUCCGUCUAUUUUUUUAAUUAAGGAUGGAUUAGUAAAAAAAUAUCUCUGUAGUGAUGCAACAACAGAAGACCUUCUUGAAAGUAUCCGAUCAAUGAGUACGGGGAAACAUAUAUCAGAACAAGUUGAAGGGGAGUCUGUUGAUAUGGGUGCAAAUUCUACAUCAGAGGGUGUUGGUUCAUCAUCUACUCAUGAAAAAAUGGCACAGCGUUUGACACAUAUGAAAACAAAAGAUAUGGAGCAACGGCAAAAGUAUGUUGAGGGGAUUGAAAGAACGAAAAAAUGUGAUGCAGAAGAGCGGAAACGCGUCUUAAGUCGAAUUAAUGCUGAUAAAGAAGAAAGAAAGAUAAAAGAGUAUUAUCGAAUUUCUGCACGUUCAUCUCAGUCUUCUACAUUUGUUGAGGACACAGCUGUACAGGGAAAUGCUAAAAAUAUAUGUUUUUUAAAUAUAAGAUUGUUAAAUGGGUCAUCAAUUCAAGCAAGACAUUUUACUUUUAAAAACACAUUAAAAGAUGUUAGAUCAUGGAUCGACGAAAAUCGUACGGAUAAUAAAAUACCAUAUGAUUUGAUUCAGAUAUAUCCAAAAAGACGAUUCGAUAUUUUAGAAGAAGCGGCAUCAUUGGAAGCAUUGAACUUGUGUCCUAGUGCAACACUUAUUUUAAUGCCUUUGAAAAAUGUUACAUCUGCUUAUGUUAAAGCAAGUAAUGGCUAUUUUUCAAGACUAUUUGAAUUUUUUAGUUAUUUUAUAGGAUCUAUCUAUUCGGUCUUUAGCUGGACAUUGAUAUUUGUUGGUAGAAAUAAUUCAGUUGAAAAUGUAGAGCAGAAUAAAAAGAUAGUCUCUUCGGAUAAUCAAAAAAUAUCGACUUUUCAAAAUAAAAAUAAAGAUAAAAAUAUGUGGUAUAAUGGGAAUACACUUAAUCAGGAACCUCCCAAGGAAAAAAACAGUUGA